AUGAGACCAAUAAACCUGACAAAUGUUUCAGAAUUUCUUCUUCUGGGACUUUCAGAGGAAUCAGAACUGCAGCCCCUUAUAUAUGGGCUUUUCCUCUCCAUGUACCUGAUUACUGUGUUUGGAAACCUGUUCAUCAUCCUGGCGGUCAGCUCAGAACCCCACCUCCACACCCCCAUGUACUUCUUCCUCUCCAACCUGUCGUUAGUAGACAUCUGCUUCACCUCCACCACCAUCCCAAAGAUGCUGUGGAACAUCCAGACUCAGAGCCAAGCUAUAACCUAUGAAGGGUACAUCAUCCAGAUGUAUUUUUUCACACUGUUUGUAGUUUUGGAUGACUUCCUCCUGACUGUGAUGGCCUAUGACCGGUUCGUGGCCAUCUGUCAUCCCCUGCACUACACAGUCAUCAUGAACGCCUGGCUCUGUGCACUGCUGGUUCUGGGGUCCUGGAUCAUCAGUAUCUUGGAUUCCUUCUUACAAACCUUCAUGGUGUCAAGGCUGUCCUGUGGAGUGGUAAUAAUCCCUCACUAUUUCUGUGAACUCAAACAGUUGGUUCAGGUUGCCUGUUCUGACACCCUUCUUAAUGACACCAUGCUAUAUUUCUCAGCUGUCUUGCUGGGAGGUGCUCCCUUAGCUGGUAUCCUUUACUCCUACUCUAGGAUAGUUUCCUGCAUACGUGGGAUUUCAUCGUCUCAAGGGCAGUAUAAAGCAUUUUCCACCUGUGCAUCUCACCUCUCAGUGGUCUCCUUAUUUUAUUGUACCUGCUUAGGAGUGUAUAUUUAUCCUGCUAAUGCCCAUAGCUCACACUCAAGUGCAACGGCCUCAGUGAUAUACACUGUGGUCACACCCAUGCUGAACCCCUUCAUCUAUAGUCUGAGGAACAAAGACAUAAAGAGGGCUCUGAAAGCACUCUUUAGGACUGCAGCUAUAAAAGGAAGCCAAUUGUUCUGA